AUGGGUUCUCGGGUCUCCACGUUAUUACGAGAUGAAGAACUCAAGGAGAUAAAAAAAGAGACUGGCUUUUCCCACAGCCAAAUCACCCGUCUCUACAGCAGGUUUACUAGCCUAGACAAAGGAGAAAAUGGUACUCUUAGCCGGGAAGACUUCCAGCGGAUUCCAGAGCUUGCCAUCAACCCCCUGGGGGAUCGGAUCAUCAAUGCCUUCUUCCCCGAGGGAGAGGACCAGGUAAACUUCCGUGGAUUCAUGAGAAUUCUGGCUCACUUCCGACCAAUCAAUGAUAAUGAGAAUGGCAAAGACGUGAAUGGACCAGAACCACUCAAUAGCCGGAGCAAUAAACUACGCUUUGCUUUUCGAUUAUAUGACUUGGACAAAGACGACAAGAUUUCCCGAGAUGAACUGUUACAGGUACUACGCAUGAUGGUUGGAGUGAAUAUCUCCGAUGAGCAGCUGGGCAACAUCGCAGAAAGGACGAUCCAAGAAGCUGACCAGGACGGGGACGGUGCCAUAUCCUUUUCAGAGUUUGUCAAGGUUUUGGACAAGGUGGAUGUAGAACAGAAGAUGAGCAUCCGAUUUCUUCGCUAA